CAUCAACGUUUGCUACACUGAUUAUUUGGUCUGGAGACCGGCGUGCAAUGCGAAAAGUUCGACGACGCGACAAAGCUGCCCGAGAGUUGUUCUUUCAUAGUUUGUUAACGACGCCAUUGUUCUUAUUAUAGUGAAAGUUUCAGAAAGUAAAUCAUGUCGGGAGAUCAUGAUGAAGAGGGUUGUGUCAUUAAGAUGCGAGGACUCCCAUGGUCUACUACGGUUGAAGAAAUUAUGAAAUUUUUCGGUGGGUGCAAUAUAAAGAAUGGGAAGUUAGGUGUUCAGAUGACCAUGUCAAGGGAAGGAAGGCCUAGUGGAGAAGCUUAUGUUGAAAUGGAAACAGAAGAAGAUAUGGAGUUGGCUUGUAAGAAAGACAGGGAACAUAUGGGUCAUAGGUAUAUUGAAGUUUUUCGUGCAAAGAGAUCAGAAAUGGACUGGGUUGUAAAAAGGAGUGGACUUAAUGUAGAACAUGCCAUGGAUGAUGGAUGCGUUCGCCUCCGAGGUUUGCCUUUUGGUUGCUCCAAAGAAGAAAUUGCAAAUUUCUUUGCAGGGUUGGAGAUAGUACCCAAUGGCAUUAUACUUCCGACUGACUACAAUGGGAGGAGUACUGGGGAGGCUUACGUACAGUUUAUAAACAAAGACGUGGCAGAAAAAGCUCUGCAGAAACACAAGGAAAAAAUAGGACACAGGUACAUUGAAAUAUUCAGAAGUAGCUUAGCUGAAAUAAGGUUGGCUGGGCCUAAAAUGCGCCCUCUAGUCCCUGGAGGCUUCAACCAGCGACCCUCUCCGUACGACCGUAGUGAUAGGUUUGGUGGGAUGAACCGCUAUGGAGGAAACAUGGGACCAAUAGCAAGACCAUCAAGAAAUUUCAAAGGCUAUGGGGACUUUGAUGAUGGCCCAUGGGAAGGGAAUGGUCCAUGGAGCAAUGGCAGUGGUCCUAGAGGAAUGCAAGGUCGAGGAAUGAAGUCUGGAAGCAUGUACGGUGGAGGUAUGAACAACUCCGGUGGUUGGAACGGUGGCGGACAACAUAGCAUCCACAUGCGAGGCCUACCUUUCCGCGCUAACCAGACAGACAUUGCUGAUUUCUUCAGGCCUGUUAAUCCCGUCAAUAUUCGCAUUGUCUACGAUGACAAUGGAAGGCCGUCUGGUGAGGCGGAUGUGGAGUUCUCCACACACGAAGAUGCCCUAAGAGCUAUGUCCAAAGACAAGAGCCAUAUGCAGCAUCGCUACAUUGAACUUUUCCUAAACUCAACUCCUGGCAACUCUGGUGGAUAUGGUGGUGGUAGCUCUGGAGGUUUCAAUUCUGGUUUGAGCAACAAAUUCCGAGGUGGUGGUGGUAGUUACUCUAACAACAUGGGAAGUGGAAACAACCUGGGCUUCAAGUACAGUUCUUUCUGAGUGUGAUAACGUGUUUCAAAUGACUGAUAUGACUGAAUAAUACUUAAACCUUUCACUAUUUAUGUUGAUUGAAGUGUUUAAUACAGCGAGAUCAGGGUGUCAGUGAAUUCUGUGUAAUUAUAAUUUCAUAACAUUAUCUGCUGUAUCUUCGUGUUUAUCGUAACCAUUCAUAAGCCUAUUUUGUAAGCAAUUAUAGAUAAUUUGUGGUAUUACUUUAAUUUCAUAGAGAUUUAAUUUUAAUUCUUUUUUUACUUUGAAAUGAUUGUUAGAUUCUCAAAUCUCACAAAUAAAAGAUGUAUAAAAUACUUA